CGCGCGCGCGCGCCAUGAAGCUGCUGCGGCGCGCGUGGCGGCACCGGACGGCGCUGGGCCUAGGCGGCCUGGCGCUCUGCGGCGCCGGGCUGCUCUACCUGGCCCGCUGCGCCGCCGACGGCCCCCGCCCGCCUCCCGGCCGCAGCCCCCCGCCCGCCGAGCCCGCGCGCGCCGCCGCCUUGGCCGUGCUGGUGGCCAGCGCGCCGCGGGCGGCCGAGCGGCGCAGCGUGGUCCGCGGCACGUGGCUGGCGGCGGCGCGGCGCGGCAGCCCGGGCGACGUGUGGGCGCGCUUCGCGGUGGGCACGGGCGGCCUGGGCGCCGAGGAGCGGCGCGCCCUGGAGCGCGAGCAGGCGCGGCACGGCGACCUGCUGCUGCUGCCCGCGCUGCGCGACGCGUACGAGAACCUCACGGCCAAGGUGCUGGCCAUGCUGGCCUGGCUGGACGAGCACGUGGCCUUCGAGUUCGUGCUCAAGGCGGACGACGACUCGUUCGCGCGGCUGGACGCGCUGCUGGCCGAGCUGCGGGCGCGCGACCCCGCGCGUCGCCGCCGCCUCUACUGGGGCUUCUUUUCGGGCCGCGGCCGCGUCAAGCCGGGGGGCCGCUGGCGCGAGGCCGCCUGGCAGCUGUGUGACUACUACCUGCCCUACGCGCUGGGCGGCGGCUACGUGCUCUCGGCCGACCUGGUGCACUACCUGCGCCUCAGCCGGGAGUACCUGCGCGCGUGGCACAGCGAGGACGUGUCGCUGGGCGCCUGGCUGGCGCCGGUGGACGUCCAGCGCGAGCACGACCCGCGCUUCGACACCGAGUACAAGUCCCGCGGCUGCAGCAACCAGUACCUGGUGACGCACAAGCAGAGCCUGGACGACAUGCUGGAGAAGCAGCAGACGCUGGCGCGGCAGGGCCGCCUGUGCAAGCGCGAGGUGCAGCUGCGCCUGUCCUACGUCUACGACUGGUCGGCGCCUCCGUCGCGGUGCUGCCAGAGGAAGGAGGGCAUCCCCUGAGCCGCAGCCGACCACACGUCACACGGCGCUGGAGGGAGGCCGGGACACGCCUCAGGAGGUGGCCGCUGCAGCGAGAGGCACUGGGGGCCCUCCCGCUGGCCUUAGAUGGGCACAGCUGACCGGUUCUGGCUAGUCACCCAGAAUAAGCCCAGCCCCCUAGGGGGCCAGGUGUAUUUGGCGAGCAGCAGUGGACAGCUUCUAGGUCCCAGCUCCGGUGGGCACCCAGGCCUGUGCACCCCAGGGGCCACCAUGGAGCCUCACUCUUGUUCUGGGUCUUGCCAGGGCAACACAUAAGGUCCAGGCAGAAAGGUCCUGUCCCUGGAUCUCAGCCCGCAUGGGCCUAGACUGGGAGGAAGGCCGGCUUUGAGUGGCUUGCGCAGCCCCCCGGGCUGUCCUCUACCAAGGGCGAGGAGAGCAGCCAGAGGCUGGAGCCCACAGGCACUUGCAGACACUGGCCCCAAAGAAAGAAUCUGGACUUGUUCUGAGGUGGGGAUCCUGUGUCGUCCCACACCCUGUGCUGACCAUCCACCUGGGAAGUCCCCGCCCGGAGAGCUUUGGCUGCCGGGAACUGACCCUCCAGCCCUUGCAUGUUCCAGCUGAGCUGUGUGUUGCGCCCAGUGGCAUUUAUCAAAAUCGCUGCAGAUUGUGGGGUCAGGUUACCGUCUCUGUUCCGUGUUGAUGUCUUCGGUCACGUGGCAUUGACUGAACCGUGUGUCCGGCUCUUCUGCUUCAAUGGUAUCUUGGUCUUCGUUGCUUUAGAGUAAAUUCGCGGUAAAUGUCAUUCAGCGUUAGUCUGUGACGUAUAAAUACUGUAAAUUUGUGUA